AUGGCAUACUUUCACUAUCGGUGUGGUGAAAGAAUUACAUUAAUAAACGAAAACUGUACUGCCAUUCGAAAUGAAAGUGAAUUUGAUCAUGGCUUGGUCAUUUCUGCAGAACCCCUACAAAAUGAUGUCCUUUUUGAAAUAAAAAUUGAUAAAAAGGUCAAUACAUGGUCAGGAAGUUUAGAAAUAGGUGUAGUUGACUGUGAUCCUUUAGAUUUUGAUUUUCCUCCAUGUGCAUCAAAAAUACAAUCUGGUUCCUGGAUUAUGUCAGGAACAACAGUUUUUAAAAAUGGUGCCUGUCUUGUGGAGGGCUAUGGAAUGGAUCUAGAUAGACUUAACCAAGAUGAUAGAAUUGGAUUAAUGAGAACAAGUGAGGGAGAUCUGGUUUUUUACAUAAAUGGUGAAUCUCAAGGUGUGGGAGCUGAAGAUCUACCUAAUGUGGUAUAUGCUAUUGUUGAUUUAUAUGGAAAAUGUGUACAGGUUACAAUUACCAGCCCAGCAUUUCGAGAGCACAAUAAUGAUGACUGUCUUAGUGGCAGUUCUGUUUUAGCUAUUGACAAUGACAUUCUCAAUGUUACUCUUGGAGGUGAUCUUAGUGAACUUAGUAUGAGUAGCAGCAAUAGUCUAGAUAUCAGGAUGGAUAUGAAUGUCAGUAUGAGUUUACCAGAAGAAAAUACCCAGGCAAGAUAGAUUACGUUUUCACGACAGAUGUGGAUCUUUGGUAAAGUUAUCCAAUGGUAACAGAAGCGCUGAACGACGUAGACCGCUUGAUGAGUUCAACAACGGAGUAGUCAUGACUCAUCGGCCGCUCAGGGAUUCAGAACUGUUUGAAAUUCGUAUUGAUAGACUGGUUGAUAAGUGGAGUGGAAGCAUAGAGAUGGGUAUUACAACUCACAACCCCAAUACACUUGUCUUUCCUGCCACUAUGACAAAUAUGCGCAGUGGUACCAUAAUGAUGUCAGGCUGUGGUAUAUUAACAAAUGGCAAGGGAAACUAGGAGAGAGUACGGUGACUUUAAUUUGGACGAAUUAACAGAAGGCGAUCGAGUUGGAAUGAUGAGAAAACCGGAUGGAAAUUUGCAUUAUUUUAUAAAUGGUUUAGAUCAAGUGUGUUGCUGCUCAAAGAGUUCCGUCCACUGUGUGGGGUGUUAUUGAUUUAUAUGGUAUGACUAUUAAGGUAUCUAUAGUGGAACGAGAUGAACGUGAAGAGCAAAAUCUGAUCACUCGUAAAAAUACGCGAGAUCAGCAAAUUCACCUUCCCGAACCCAGUUCCCUCCAAGAUUUCUACGAUCGUCUUACGUUUCAUCCAAACUGUGGUACCCAUGCAGAAGUUAUCAAUAAUAACAGAACUGCUCAUCGGCCGAAUGCUGCUGACGAUUUUAAUAACGGAGUAGUCCUGACGGCUCGACCUCUUAAAACAGGGGAAUUGUUUGAAGUAAGAUUGGAUAGAGUCGUUACUAAAUGGGCAGGAUCUAUAGAGAUCGGUGUAACGACACAUAGCGCAGUUGAUUUGGAUUUUCCAUUCACUAUGACUAAUGUUAGAUCUGGAACGUGGAUGAUGACUGGAAGUGGCAUAAUGCACAAUGGAACAAUAGUAUUAGAGCAGUAUGGAGUCAAUCUGGAUCGACUCCAAGUUGGAGAUCGCGUAGGCGUUUUGAGGAAGGAGAACGGCUUGUUACAUUUUUUUGUUAACGGUGUAGAUCAAGGAUGUGCUGCAUCAAAUGUCCCAGAAAAAAUUUAUGGAGUUAUAGAUUUAUAUGGGCAAGCUGUAGAAGCAACUAUAAUUGAUGCCUACGACUAUGCAUCACCAGAUACAUUAAAUUCUAGUCUUUCAAAUACUACACUAUAUAGCGAUUUAAGAUUUCAUCAUAUCCACGGAAAGAACGCCAGGAUAGUCAAUAAUGGUUUAACAGCUCUUAGGCCCAGACCUUUGGCUGAAUUUAAUGACGCAAUAGUAUUUUCUAGUCGACCUCUAAGAGAUGGAGAAUUAUUUGAAAUAUGUUUGGAUAGCAUAGUUGACAGGUGGUCAGGAAGCAUAGAACUAGGAGUUACCUCUGUUCGACCUGACGAAAUAGAUCUGCCAAGUACAGCAACUGACUUAUAUCGAGACACUUGGAUGCUCAGUGGAUCGUCCAUAAUGAUUAACGGCAAAACGAUAAAGAACAACUAUUCAUGCGAUCUUGAUGUAUUAACUUCAGGAAUCAAACUUGGAGUCAUGAGAUCCGCCGAUAAAUCUCUGGAGUUUUACAAAAAUGGCGUUGCACAAGGGGUUGCAUGUGUUGUGCCUCACAAUAAUAUUUAUGCUGUUGUUGAUUUGUAUGGUCAAUGUGCUCAAGUCAGUAUUCCAUGUGCUACUCCUACUGGUGCGCUUACAACAGCAGGAAUAGAAACAUCUCAUCGGUCUGAUACAUCUGCUUCUCUUCAAGCUACUAGCGUCGUUCAACCUCCUAUCGAAUCCGAUCUUCACCGUUUCUCAGAAAUCCAUAGUAAAGGAGUCACUUUAGAUGAAAGAGGCCGGCUGGCAACCAGGUCUAAAGAUUUCAGUAGUUCCAUAGUAUUUAGUGCUACACCUCUUCACCAAGAUGAAAUGUUCGAGAUAUCUUUGAUGAGUAUUUCGAAACACAUGGCCGGUACCUUAUCUGUUGGAGUAACAGAAGUGACACCUGCCCUUUUUUCUAACACCGUUCCUGCUAAAUGUUAUUAUCUCAGCGGGACUGAAUUGCGAUAUCAAAAUAAGAUACUUCAAUUUUUCACUCCUAGUCUGAACUGGCUAAAUUGUAACGAUAGAAUAGGGUUGUUAAAGACAUCAGAUAGUACUGUUAAAGUCUUCAUAAAUGGAGAAGAAUUGUCCAUCAGUUUUCCACCGUUAUCUGAGACAAUAUAUGCUGUCUUUGAUUUAAGAGGUUCGUGUGCUGAAAUAGGUGUCACUAGUCAUAAAGCCAACAUGUCGCCAUUAAACAGUGUCAGGUUACAAGAUAGUAUAGAAUUAGUACUCGAUCAAGAACCCAUUCCAGAAUCAAAUGAAUUUAAGGAAACACCUCCACAAAUAUCUACGUCUCCAGUUUUCUAUGAAUUUCACGAAAAUCACGGACGAAAUAUCGAAUUGAUUAACAACAAAACGACUGCACGUCGAGUAGCUUCGUAUAACCAAGGCAUUACUAUCAUUCAGAAACCCCUAGAACCGAAUUCUAAAGUUGAAGUCAUCAUAGAAGAAUUAGAAAGUCGCUGGAAAUCUUCGCUCAUUGUUGGAUUAAUUGUAGGAAUUCCCGAAAGACUGAACUUGCCAGUGAACGCUUUAGCCAUGAAGCCUCCAAGCUGUAUCAUAGCUAAUGAUUGGUUAGCUAUAAAUGGAGUUAAGUCGUGUUCAAAUUAUGGCGAACGAUUGGGCAACCUAACUAUUGGUGAUAAAGUAGGAUUAAUUCUUACGGAGUCAAGAUGUCUGCAGAUAUCAAUAAACGGUAUUGAAGAAGAACCUUUGGCCUUGAAUUUUCCAAUGGGUCAGUCAAUUUAUGCGAUUUUUGACCUUUACGGCCAGUGUCAACAGAUUAAAAUAUUAAAUAAAGUAGCACAGGAUGAACAGGUAAUUAAAAAGAGUAUCGACUGUGAAAAAGCUGAUUUAGAAUCUUGUGAAAAAGAAGGUUCUGAAACGAAAUUAACCCUUCCUAUACCUUCUGCUAGUACUAGUGUUACAAGUUCCGUUAUUAUGAAAACUUCUCACAUCAAUACUCCUUUGAAAUCGUGUCCAUAUAAAGAAGAAGUUGAAAAGUUUAAAAAGAAGUUGUUACUACCAGAUCACUACUUUAAUGUAGAAGAGCCAAUAUGUUAUUGCCAAUAUUGUUCAAAAGCCAGAAGUUCUGAUGAAAAAGAAAAUUUGUUAGGUUGGGUUAAGUUUCCAUUAUCUAUUUCCGAAAAUAUGUCAACUGAUAAAUGGCAUUACGCGUUUUAUUUUACCAAGCUUGGUGGAGUUAGAUGUAUUUUAGAUAGAGGACAACCUCUUACUAAAGGUCAAGCAAAAUGGUGCAAUUUUACUGGACAAAAAGCUGACGACGUACAAAUAGUAUUCUACCCGUCUUUACAGACUAUCGUUACGAAGGGAUAUAAAACCGAAAACAAUCGAGAAGUUUAUGCAGCCUUUCAAUUAUUGGUCAAACCCGGCGCAUAUUCUAUAUCAAGAGACACUGAUAUUACUGAAUGGAGCACCAAAGAAAGUGGAGCUUUGGUACUUAAUGCUCUCUUAUUAAAAAUUCAAUAG